GGCUCGCAGGGUGCUGCCAUCCAGCCGCGGCGGGCAGGCGGUCCGCCUCUCCCCGAGGAGGGCGCCCAGGCUGGCCGCGGGGGCUGGCUGCGCUCUGCCCCUGCGGGCGUGAUGUCGCCUCCUGCUCACUGAGAGCGGCACGAGGAAGCGCCGCGGGAUCCUGCCCGUUUUAUUUCUCGAAGUUGGGGUUUGGUGGCUAGAAGGGAGAGGCGGCAGCACCCAGGCACCGGGGCUGUCCGGAUGUGCCAGCGGCUGCGCGUCUGGCGGCUGUAGCCAGCGGGCAGCUCCCCGCCGCGGCGCUCGCGUUGCCGUAAUUCGCCGCUCUGCGGGGCGGAGUGUGUCCCCGCCGGCUUGCCGUGCGGGGAGGCGGGCCGGGGGCCGGCUGCGAUGGGAGAGAGCAUGUCCAAGAAACUGAGGCUGCAGCUGGGCGGCGAGGCGGAGAUGGAGGAACGGGCGUUCGCCAACCCCUAUCCGGACUACCAGCCGCAUGGAGCCGCCGCCAGCGCCGCAGACACCCAGCGGGACAGGCUGCCCCUUCCCCUGGAGGAGGAAUCCCUCCCCUUCGGCACCGACGGGAAGGUCAGUGCUCAAUUCACAAAACGAAUCCAGACAAAAAUCAAGGACCUUUUGCAGCAAAUGGAGGAAGGACUGAAGACAGCAGAUCCCCAUGACUGCUCUGCCUAUACUGGCUGGACUGGCAUUGCCCUUUUAUAUCUGCAACUGUAUCGUGUCACGAAAAAUCAGAGCCACCUGCAGCGAUCUCUUGAUUACGUGAAGAGAAUCCUUCGCAAUCUGAAUGGCAGAAGAGUUACAUUUCUGUGUGGUGAUGCUGGUCCCCUGGCAGUGGGUGCAGUGGUUUAUCACAAACUGAGAAAUGACAGUGAAUCUAAAGAAUGUGUUGCCAGGUUGUUGCAGCUCCAAAGGACAGUCAUAAGCACAGAUGCUGAACUUCCAGAUGAGCUACUUUAUGGCAGAGCGGGUUACCUGUAUGCCUUGCUGUACCUGAAUACUGAAAUUGGUCCAGACACCAUCCCUCAGUCUGUUAUCAAAGAGGUAAUAGAUGCCAUUAUUGAUUCGGGAAAGAACUUUUCAAAGGAGGAACGUAAAACAGACCGCUGCCCUCUGUUGUACCAGUGGCAUAGGAAGCAAUAUGUCGGAGCAGCCCAUGGUGUAGCUGGGAUCUAUUACAUGCUAAUGCAGCCAAUUGCAAAUGUGGAUCAGGAGACCCUGACGGAGCUGGUGAAGCCGAGCAUUGACUAUGUGCGUCAUAAAAAAUUCAGAUCUGGAAAUUACCCAUCAUCACUGAGCAAUGAAACUGACAGACUGGUUCACUGGUGCCAUGGUGCUCCUGGAGUCAUCCACAUGCUCAUGCAAGCUUAUAAGACCUUUAAAGAGGAUAAAUACUUGAAAGAUGCAAUGGAGUGUAGUGAUGUCAUCUGGCAGAGGGGUUUACUGAGAAAAGGAUAUGGGAUCUGCCAUGGUACUGCUGGCAAUGGCUACUCCUUCUUAUCUCUCUAUAACCUAACUCAGGACAAAAAGUACCUCUACCGAGCUUGCAAGUUUGCUGAAUGGUGUUUGGAGUAUGGUGCACAUGGAUGUCGUAUUCCUGACCGACCUUAUUCACUCUUUGAAGGGAUGGCCGGAGCUAUUCACUUCCUCUCAGAUAUUUCAGUACCGGAGACUUCCCAGUUUCCAGCAUUUGAACUUGGACCUCAAAGGAGGGAAAACAAAGUGGAACAGGAUAGCUAAGGGAUCGUUUUGAAAGGGAACUAUGCCAAAAGUGACAAGACUGUUUAGUGCCUCCGAUACUGAACCAACUCGAUCCUAAAGUCACAGGUGGAUAAAUUCCUUUUCCUACUCCCUUCUGCCCCAGAGGACUGUGAAAUCACUAGAGCAUGGAUAAGAAGAAGACACAUUUAAGUUCUGUUAAAGUGACACCUUCAUAUGUAGGACAAGAGAAGUCAAGUUUGAACUUUCGUUGCAUUUGUCGUCUUCAGGUCUUUCACAUGCUCUGCAUGUUUAUCACUGUUGUCUGUUGAUGUGAGUCUUUUAUUGUAAGCAAAAAGCUGUUCUCUCUGUGAAUCUCAGUCCUGUCCCUUUGUGCAUGACUCACAACAGCAGUGUUGCUUUCUGCAGUGUGAUUAUCCACAGAGUCCCACUUCAUGCUGAACAGCCAGUGUAAGACAGUGCCUGGUUUCAUUGGUGAGCUGGUACUUUAAAAUGAGAAGAAAUUCUUUAUGUUCACAUUUCUGCAUUUUUCUACACAGCCCCUAGAAGCUGGGACAAUGCAGAUCAACCUUGUUUGAAGAAGUGGUAUGAGAUCAUCUCAGUUUUCAGGAAUUUAUUAGGUUUGCAGGGACCUGUUGGUCAGGGCAGGGGGGAGGUUGGUUGUUUUUGUUUUUUGAGCAGAGCAGGAACAGCAAGUUAUACUUUUCAUCUCUGUUUAGUUGGAUUUGCAAUAAAUCCAUCCUACAUCAUAUAACAUGCAAAGGAGUAGCGAGGGGAGGCAGAGCAGUGUCUCAUGGCUGGUAACUCAGGAUGACUGUCGCUGCUGGAACAAGGAGGUAAUUUGUUCCGUUUGCCUCCAGCCCCACUGCAUUAUCCCAGGUAGUGUGACAGGAGCAAUAAAUAUCAGCUGCUCAUGGAGGUAGCUGAAGAGUUAAGGAACGAUAUGUAAGCUGUUACUAGAAAUUGUGAGUAAAGUUUACAUCAUCUUAAAUUGAAAACAAAAGAGAAAAAUUAUUUUGUCCCUAUUUCUGAACUGUGCUGUUAGUGCUUUGCUUCUUGUUGUAGUGUGGUAGUGGUACUAGUCCUUCCUUCUACUGGCAAGGUAUUCCUCAAUUCUGCCUCCAUACUCUUAAGUUGGGAGGAGAAGUGGAACUUAAGGCAAGAAUAUUUACAGCACAUUUAUGUUUUCCAUGUAAUAAGUACACUUACUAUUUGAAAAAGGUAAGUAGGUGGAGCAUUCUCUCACUUGCUUAAGCUCUGUUGUCCUCUUCCCACUCACCCCCUUCUGGCUCUCCUUGUGCUCUGUCAUUCCAGGUGCUUAUUUUAAUUGAUAUCUUACAUUGGGUGUGAGUGUGGCAGAUGGAGAAACUUUGUCUGACCUUUCAGGCGUGCACUGGGAUUUAUAUGACCUGUGAGCCAUCUGCUGAGCUCUAGCAUUUGCAGUCAUGCUUGGAAAUGCAUUGUGGCUCCUGCAUAAAUCUCUGAAUGGCAGCAAGUGGCUUCCUUGAACUUUAUGGUAUCUGUUGCCAAAUCCAGCCGGAUGUUAAUAAUCUCCUGAUUGAGUUCUGCUAGGCAAUAGAGGCCGUGCCAGUGCAGGGGCAGCUUCGUGUCACAGCGUAGCGCUUGUGUUGAUCUGUCAGUAGGACUGAAGGGUGGGAGCAGCAGGAGGAAAUUUUCCACCCCACUGGCAAAGGGUAGAAGAUGAGGCUCUGAGCCCAGCUGCACCUGUACAGCCAAGGAAGAGGGAAGUUUCUGAAAGGUGACAGGAAGGAGGGAAGCUGCGUGGAAAGCGGCUGCGGGGAAACGAACCUAAGCAGAGAGGGAGGACGUGAAGGGAUCAGUGAGGAGCUGGGAGAGCUGAUUCCAGGAUGUAUGCAGAGGGUACCAGUGGAGGCUAUCUAUCUCAGAUGUGUCUCCUUAGCAAGCACACUGUGUCUUUAUAUUUCUUUUUUCAUCGUGGUGUAUCAUUGAUCCAGCCCAUAAAUGUUCCAGUGAGGAAACUGGUCCAGGAUGAAGUCCCACAGAAAUCCUAACUACAAAAGCAGAGCAGGGGAGGUAGAACGCAGCCUGCUCCUCUGUUUUAUUGUUUUAUGUUCUUUUUUUCCUCUCUUCCCUCUCCUCUUUCUUCCCUCUCUACAUUUUGUUUUCAUUCAGUGAUUGUAAGCUUUCUUGGCUACUGAGCUUGAAUGGCAGCUGUGGGAGGUAAUUUUGGCUGUCAGGGGCCCAAUGAGAAGUAAAACUUUGUUUAAAAAAAACUGUAUAGGUGUAUGUACACACUUAGAUUAAUACUGAGCAGCUCUCUGGGGCACUUGAGUGCAGCAGUCAAAAUAACGAGCAGGUCAGCUAUUGGCUCGUUCUGUGUUGUGGCCACUCUUCUGCUGUGGUUAGGCCUGGCACUGUCUUCCUUCAGAAAAUCAUGUUGGAAUUGAGCAAGCCUGGAAACAUAAUGCAUAAAGUCAGGAAGCUCAGGACAACUCAUCUGCCUCAUCGUUUUGACGUGACUUCCCUCAUGACUCCUCCUUUGUGCUCGUGGCAGCUUUGUGAUGUGCAGGUGGCCCAAUAAAAAAGGAUGUUGUGUGAAGGGGGUGAAAAAAUGCAUUUCACCAACACAUUUGAAAAUGUUGUUCUCAGAAAUCACAUCAAACUAAAAUGUGGGAAAAAAAGUCUUAAUAUUCCCUAGUUUGCCUUGUCCAUGUGUAAUAGUCCAUAUAUUGCAAAAAUGCAUUAGUGUUAAAAAUGGAGAUGCUUAUUACGCAAAAAAAGGGAAAAAUGCUCAUGUUUUUGUUCUUUGGCUUUAUUAGUAAAGAUCAAGCUAUAUGGUGGCAAUCUGUCUGAAAAAAAUUUUUGUGGUGUGUUCCUUCCUUCCUUCCUGCAGCGCUGUGGUAGCUGUUCCACUUCUGUAACUGCUGAAUUGUCUCCCAGUUUCAUAGGCUUGUAGAAUGAAACAGAAAUGUCAAAGUAUGAAAGCACGUGGGCACAUCACAAAAAAUAAAUAAAAAAAUAAUUAAAA